UCCUCUCCCGAGUCCUGAGCCAAGGCGACAAGGAGACAUCAGACCUCUGCUUUACUGCAACGAGGAAGGGAACUUAAACCCCUUAAAACUACGGGACUUGUUAAACCUUUUAUCCUGCAGGUGUUUCUUUAUUUUGCUCUGCAUCAAGGGAAGAUGGCGAAUCUUUCAGCUGAAGCUGCUUUGGUUUUCAUUGUGACUGCACAGAUUUUCACCCUGGCCUGGGCUCAGAUAUGUCCUCGCAGAUGCCUCUGUCCUGAGGAGGUCCCCGUGUGUCUCCCCGGGGUGCCCCUGGUCCUGGAUGACUGUGCCUGCUGUUUGGUGUGCGCAGGUCAAAUUGGCCACGUCUGCUCUGAGAUGAAACCCUGCGACACGCGUAAAGGGCUGCAGUGUGAUUACUCAGUGGAUGUUCACAAGAGGAGUGGGGUCUGUGCAGUCAGCGUGGGUAAUGUGUGUGUGUUGGAUGGAUUAGUCUAUCAGCAUGGACAGUUCUUCUUCCCCAGCUGUAAAUACCAGUGUUUGUGCCAGAAUGGUCAGAUAGCCUGCAUUCCUCGCUGCAAUCUGGAUGUCAUGCUCCCUGGGCCCGACUGUCCAAUGCCACGCAAGGUCCAGGUGCCUGGAGAAUGCUGCGAGAAGUGGGUGUGUGAGCCAAAGAGUGAAGCCAGUGCACUGGGUGGCUUUGCCAUGGCGGCCUUUCGUCAAGAAGAAGCCGUGAGCUUUGGCGGCUGGGACCCGAGGCUGAACUGCAUAGAGCAGACCACCGAGUGGGGGGCCUGUUCUAAAACGUGUGGCAUGGGAGUGUCCACCAGGGUCACAAACAAGAACGAUCGCUGUGAGAUGGUGAAGCAGAGCCGGCUGUGUAUGAUCAGACCCUGUGAGGACCUGCAGGGACAGAUGACUCAGGUUGCACUACGGCAGAGAGGCAGCAGAUGCCAGAGAGUUGUAAGGAGUGACAAAGCUGUUCACCUAUCCUAUAAGAACUGCACCAGCGUCCUGGCCUACAAGCCUCGCUACUGCGGCACCUGCACAGACGGCCACUGCUGCACCCCCCACAGAACCAAGACCACUCUGGUGGAGUUCCAGUGUUCCAAUGGAAACACGAGCCGAAAGCCAGUCAUGGCGGUGCUGACCUGUGUUUGUCACACGCAUUGCCCCCGAGACGAUGCUGUUUGGGAGCCAUCACAGCUCUCAUACGGUGGCAUGAGAGUAUGACAAGCCCAGCUUGUAGCUGCAUACGCCAAAUUAUUAAAGACGGGCCUUUUUUUCCACAAUAUGAGUUUCAUUGAGUAGGACACUAAUGUAGAGAACAAUAUUUAAAGCUACCAAUAAGGAACAAAGCAGCCAAUCUAUGGCAGACAUUGAACUUGGGACUGUUAGACCAACAGAAGCCCCCAAAGAGUGCUCGACACAGACCACCGACAUCAAAACCUCAACCUAAUAUUCCUACCUUUCACAUCGUAAGGUUUAUAAUAGGCCAACUUAAUAGAAUUCAAAAUUCUUUAAAAUUUGAAUGGAUGUAAAUUAACUGAUGACUGUCAUUUUAAAUUAUGAAUUAAAUUAUAAAUCUAAUUAAUUGUUUUAUUGAGUUAUAAUUAAUUAUAAAUAACUAAAUUAUAUAUUUAAUCCAGAAUUUUGGUUAUAUUUCUUUUUUCAUUUCAUGCACAAUGUUACAGAAAUUAAUCAGUUGGUAAAAGACAAUUUUCCAUGUAUUAUUGUAAGCACAAGCAAUAAAAUUGGCCCUCCUUCUCAGCUCCAAUGGGUUAAUAAUUACCCA